AUGAAGAAGCUUAUUAAGCUUGCUCCUUCAGUCUAUGCUAACAUCUUAGCUAGCAGGUUUCUACCAAGAAGUGAUAAUGAAAGGUCUUUCACUGUUGGUGAAUUCACUGACCAGCUCAGGCAGAUAGAGGACAGCUUGUCACAUUCUGCCAUAAUCUGUGCCAUAAAAACUAUAGGUACAGAUAUGAAAGAAGGCGUAGAGAAUGGCUUUAAGAACAGCAUGGAAGAACUGAAGGAGGAUCUUAAAAACAUUUCCAAUCUGUACAAAUACUUCUGCAGAAGGGUAGUAUGGACAAGCACAAACCAGUAUAGACCAGUAUGGACCAGCACACACCAGUAUGGACCAGCACAGGCCAGUAUGGACCAAUACACACUUGGCCACAACAACCCCAACACUGCCUGCACCACAGUGCUGGUGGCUGUUCUCCUCUUUGCCCUCCUCAUCAGCACCUGCAUCCUACCCAACGUGGAGGCUGUCAGCAGCAUCCACAACCUGAACUCCAUCAGUGAGUCUGCCCACAGGUGCAUGCACCCCUACAUCGAGCUGGCCUGAGGCUUCUCCACCGUCCUGGGCAUCCUCCUCUUCCUGGCCAAAGUGGUGCUGCUCUGCUGGAUAAAAUUCCUGCCCAUGAGCUCCAUCCUGAAAAACCGGACCAGCAAUGUGGUGAAGCCCAGAGGGCAUGAGGGUAGGCAGUCAGUCCUGGUCUCCACCAUUCCUGUGGGGCUGCUCUUUGUGGUCUUCACCUUCCACAUCUACCACUCACUGAGGCACAAAACCGAGUGGCACAACUGGGAGAUCAAGUUGCUCCACAAAUUGAAAGUGCAGCUGGAUGGGCACAACAGAGGCAUGCAGGUGGUGUGA